UCAAAACAUUCCAAAAGCAAGCUUUGAAAAAGGAACAGUGGCUGGUAAUGGACAUGAAAAUUGGACACUGUUGCGCUUACUUCCUUUUAUAAUUGGAUGUAAGAUACCAGAACAGGAGCCAGCAUGGGAGAUUUUAAUGGACCUCAAGGAAAUUGUUGACAUUGUUGUGUCAAACAGACUCUCUGAGGAAGCAUUGUGUUAUUUAUCUUGCAAACUACUGGAUCAUCGCCUGUUGCUCACCAGUACCUUUCCGGACUUCAGACUGAGGCCAAAACACCACUUCAUUGACCACUACCCACAUCUUAUACGUUGCUAUGGGCCUUUAGUGGAAUUGUGGACGAUGAGAUUUGAAGCAAAACAUAGCUUCUUUAAAAAGGUGGUCCAUGACACUCACAACUGGAAAAAUGUGCUGCUCACUCUUUCCUCAAAACACCAGCAGAUGAUGGCAUACCAUCUGGAUAGUGGGAACCUUUUCAAGCCAAAACUCUAUGCUGAAAAUGUGAAAGUGGUUAAGGUUUCAGAAUUGGAUCCAUCACUCAAGUGUGAAAUACAGAAGAAGUACCCUCAUCUAGACAGUGUGUCUCUGUCUAAAACGAUUCAACUGUGUGGGACACAGUAUGUGGCGGGCAUGAUUUUAUCUGCUGGGCAAUGCAGUGGCCUCCCAGAAUUCCAUAAGAUUGUGACCAUUCUUGUCAAUGCAGAAGAGGUGACAUUCAUUUGUAAAAGACUGAGUUCCUGGUACAUUGAACAUUUCAGAUCUUAUGAGCUUGUUGAAGACACCUGUGCAGACCUUCUUGCCCUGGAUCCAGAUGUGCUGACGGAUUACCACCCUCUAACAGCAUACACAGUUGGUGGAAAGCUGAUGGUGACCCCAAGGACAUUCCUUCUCCAUUAAAGCAACUUCCUUCUCCAUUAAAGCAACUCAAAAAUGACUUUGUUACUUCGGGUAGUUCUCUCCUCCAGAGAAGCACGGCGAGUACAGCUUCCUGAAGUACCAGCAUCUGUGGGGCAAUUGAUUGAUAUACUUAAAGAGAGGCUCGAACUCCCAGGUGAUUUCUCACUACAGUUUGAGGAUCCAGAGUUUGGAAAUGCACUAUGCAACCUGACGGCAAUAUCUGAAUUACCAGCUGAGCGUGCAGUCCUGCAUAUAAUGUGGAACUGUGAUUCAUCUCCACUUAACCAAUCCACUUCUUCAGUGUCCUCUGCUUCAGUCUUUUCCCAGGACACAGCAAGUGUUCACUCUGAAGAUUUCGGGCCUAGCUGGACCGAUUCUAGGAUGGAAAGCAAGUAUCAAGCACAAACUUGGAAACUACACAUCAAAGCUUCGUAAGGCAGGUUGCAAUGAGGUAAAUGUAAAAGGGGGAGAUGAAGAGGGUAGUCCUUUCACCCUUAAAAAGCCCAAACGUGGAGAGGUCAAUCAUGUCCCAGAUUAUCCACAACACCACGAUGAUUCUACUCUUGAAGAGGAAAGAGUUGCUCUGGUCGAUGAAAUGAAGAAGAAACAAAAGAACAUGACAGUCAUACAGCAGAAGAUGGCGCUGACAUUUUCCCUCAGGCGGAGAGAGGUCGUGGAGUGUCAACCUAUGGUAUCUGAGGUCCAGGAGAGAUGGCCUGCGCUGUUUUCCUCUGAGGAGAUAUCUGAUGAAUUUCAUCGGAUAACGAGCAAAGACCUCCUGGGGACUUUCAAUGCAUCCCUUGACAAAUUUGUGCCUGGCCUGCUGAAACUGUACCAGUCUAAGAAGGGAGCUCUUGGUGAGAAGAUGGAAGACCUCCUGGAUAAACUUGAUGAACAGACAUCUGACAUUGUGUCCCACCGAAAGACAGCAGCACUGAGAGGCCUGCCCAUUUUCCUCCGAGAAGAUGCAACAAAGGUUUUCCUGAAGUGCUUGAUAUCUGAUGAAUUUCAUCGGAUAACGAGCAAAGACCUCCUGGGGACUUUCAAUGCAUCCCUUGACAAAUUUGUGCCUGGCCUGCUGAAACUGUACCAGUCUAAGAAGGGAGCUCUUGGUGAGAAGAUGGAAGACCUCCUGGAUAAACUUGAUGAACAGACAUCUGACAUUGUGUCCCACCGAAAGACAGCAGCACUGAGAGGCCUGCCCAUUUUCCUCCGAGAAGAUGCAACAAAGGUUUUCCUGAAGUGCUUGGACACUGACAUUUUGAAACGUUGCAUCCGUUGCCAUCCUCACCAUCCUACAAGAUGACGGUGCCGGUACAUCUGUGCGAGACCAGGCAGUUGUGUUGGAAGGGGACAUCGUGCUACAUAACAUUCCAGACCUCUCUACUGCCUUGGCAUACCUCUUUGGCCUUCUGUAUGCCCUCAACAUUGAUUAUCCAAAGCAGAUGAGGUAUACCUUUGAAGCAAUUCAGGCCAUCUUUUUUGAGCUUGGUGGCUCUCGAUGCUCACAGCGCAUAAGGUCUCUGAAACAAAGCUUUUGCUGUGACUGUUAAUGGGGAAGCCAGACAUGACUUUAACUUGUGUUCUUUAGCCUGUUCAAGUGCAUUGUAGUUGAGUCAUGUAAAAAAACAGUAGUUAAACCCCUUUGCCUCUGAUCUAAUCAUUUGCCAGUUACCAAGAGUUGCAUAUUUAGUGUUUGAACUGUUAAAAUUCAUUAUCGUUCAAGUAAAAUGUAUGUGUGCCUGUUUCAACUGGCAUAAGGAUGAGUAGGUGAUGGAAAAUUUUAUUUUUAGAUGAACUGUUCCUUAACCCUCCUGUUGUCCUUCAGUCAAGAAACGAAGAAGAAGGAAGUACAGGGAGGAAGAAGGAAAGAAGGAAGGAGAGAGGGAGAAAAAAGAGGAAGGAGGGGGAGAAGGAAAGAAGGGAGGAAGGAGGGAACAGUCACAACAGAAUGGGUCAUUUUGACCUGGUUGGACAAUAUGAAGGUUAAGUGGAUAAAUCAUUAUUAGAAAUGUCAAUUUUAGUCAAAGGAAUCUAUGUUGUUGACAAUAUAUGGUGAGAUUUUGUCAUGCAGUAUUUUAAAAGAUUUGUUGAAGUGUUGUUCACAUGAAGCGCAGAACUGGUAUUUUACCUGUUAGUUCCCUGUUCAUUGAUGGUAAAAUUUGUAAGAACUUUUAACUGCUCUAGUUCAUCAUAGUUAUGCCCAUGUAAAACUUCAGUGUCUGGGUACACAGCCAAUCAUUUGUGGCACUAUUCUAUUUAAUGUGCAAGUGGUCAAGUUCAGCUUUUACAAGACAGUCAAGGUGUAUGUAUGAAUGACUAUGUGUUGCUGGACACUUUUUUUUCAUAUACUUUGUUUUUCUUUUUUGAUUCUGGACUUCAAUUUUAAUGUCUGCUGCAGUGCUCAAAGCACCCAAAAAAAGAAAGCGGCAAUACUUUUUUACAGAAAUUGACCCAACU